AUGUCCGGUUCUUCUCAGGCAAAUCCUUCUUUAUCUACCUCGUUAAAUCCGACGUUCAACACUCAUUAUAAUAGGCUGAGGUUAUGCUUGGCAUUGGUAAUCCUCCGAAACAAACCAUCGCAUUUUACAAUAAAAGAAUACAUUGACUUUGUGCAAUGUUCAAUAGACUGCUCAACAACAACGGGAGCAGCAAAUUGUAGAAAGGACAUUCUGGAAGCAGUAAAACAGCAGUUAAAGCGGAAAUGUACUUUCGAAGAAGACAAAGUCAACAUCAACAAUGAUUCUCAAAAGAAAGAUGUCGUUUGUGCAAGAGAUUCUCGAGAACUUGAAGAGCUGAAGAGAGUUUCAAAUUCUGAUAAUCCCUGGAAAAAACGUGCUUUCGAGUUGGAGCAUGAAGUAGAACGCCUGAAGCAACGAUUAUGCGUGUUUAAAAUCGAAUUGGAAAACGCCAAACAAAUUUCUCAAGUGGCAACCACUACCACCACUGCAAGACGUAAAAGAACAAAACCAACCGAAGAUCAUAAUAUUGCAUCAUCUACACCUUUAGCGACCACGAUAACCGCCACCAACAAAAAACCGAGCAAAAAGACGGCAGUGGAGAGCCAAAAAAUUACCUCAUUUUUUGCGAGUAAAGGAUACAUCGAUCCAGACGCCCAAGCAAUAAAACAAAUUAAUGCCGGGGAUGAAGGCCCAUGGGAAUUGUUUGAUAUCAUGCAAGCAAUGUCCUUCUUACAGCAAAUGAAGAAUCUUCGUCAGCCUACGCUGACAUCUGCACAAGACUCGAUCCUCGCACAAACGAUAAUAAAAAUCAUAAAUUAUAUAAAUUUUAAAUUGACCGCAUUGUUUUCUACAAAAACAAGUAGCACGACCUGCAGCAAUUUAUGGUACACAUAUUCCUCGUGUGUUCAAAGUUUUGGCAACAUCUCUAAAAAGUUGUUAGAAUUUCUUAGGUUGCCUACAGUACCUGCAGCACAACAUGAUGAAAUUCUUAGUGCCAUAGCCAACGCGUUAGCAUCAUUGAUACGUGCUAUCCAUCCAUUAACAAAAAUAAUAUUUCUCGAAUCGUUACAAGACGAGACCUGCGCGGGAAAUAAUAAAGUUUUUCCUAACAAGGAUCAAGAUCCCAGAGAGGUCAUAACGCGAAUACUGGUGAAUUUAUGCACAAAUAUAGAACCACGACUUAAGGAGCCUGUUGCCUUUGUUGCUGCAAAGGAGUGCAAUCGAUUAAUGAGGAAAGAUCCUGUGUGUGAACAUGGCGCUUCUGAGCACACUUUAUAUCAUGACUCGACUUUUUCAAAGGAAAAACAAAAGCAGCAGCAAUUCGAGGAUGACAAUCUAGGUAUCUUCGACGAGGUGAUAUUAAAAGAUACAGGAUAUUAUUUGUUGUUUGUGUUGGAUAAGAUUGCUACUUGUAGUGCUGAUAGUGGAGGAAAGUUAAACACGGUUCUUACAGCUGAGACCAUUAAACAUAUUGCAUCCUUACUGGAAUCGGAUAUCUUUAAAAAAGAUACAAAUCAAAUGGUAAACAUGCGCGGUGAUUCACUCUCUGUAUAUAUCUCGAACAUAUUUGAGAAGCUUUGGACUCAAAGGAACAACAGCAAUAAUUCCGACUUUUCCUUGAUUGAGCGAAUGAUCAUUGAUUAA